AUGCAGAGACCUCCUCAAGGAGUAAAGCUGGUUAUAGAAGCGGUCUGCAUCCUAAAGGGCAUCAAACCUAAGAAAGUUGCUGGAGAGAAGCUCGGAGAGAAGGUGGAUGACUACUGGGAUGCAGGAAAGGGCCUUAUGCAAGAUCCAGGAAAGUUUCUGGAUAGUCUGUUUAAGUAUGACAAGGACAACAUCCCAGAUGCUGUGAUCAAGCAAGUGCAGCCUUACAUUGACAACCCAGAGUUCCAGACUGAAUCAAUCGCCAAGGUGUCCAAAGCCUGUACUUCUAUCUGUCAGUGGGUGCGAGCGAUGCAUUUGUACCAUUUUGUGGCCAGAGCUGUGGAGCCCAAACGGCAAGCCUUGAAGGAAUCUCAGGAGGAUCUGGCUGUAACACAGCGCAUUCUGGAUGAUGCUAAGGAGAAACUAACAGCUGUAGAGGAGGGCAUUGCCACCCUGCAGGCUAAGUAUCAUGAAUGCCUGAGCAAGAGAGAUGAGCUAGACGCCAAAUGCCAGCUGUGUGAGAACAGAUUGAUCCGUGCAGAUAAGCUGAUUGGUGGUCUGGCUGAUGAGAAGGUGCGCUGGAGAGAGACAGUACAGCAACUGGAUUACAUGGUGAAUAAUGUGGCAGGAGAUGUGCUGCUUGCUGCAGGAUACAUAGCUUACCUCGGACCCUUCACUGGAGAAUAUCGUUCAGCUAUGGCUGAGGAGUGGCUUAGAGGUUUUAAAGAGCUGACAGUUCCUCACACAGAACAGCCCAACCUGAUCAGCACACUAGGAGACAAAGUCAAGAUCCGCUCUUGGCAGAUUGCAGGCCUGCCCAAGGAUAGUCUCUCUGUCGAGAAUGGAGUAAUUGCACAGUACUCUCAGCGCUGGCCUCUGUUCAUCGAUCCACAGGGACAGGCCAACAAGUGGAUUAAGAACAUGGAGCGUGAUAACAGAUUGGAUGUGAUGAAGUUGAGUGACCGGGACUUCCUGCGUAGUUUAGAAAAUGCUAUCCGCUUUGGAAAGCCUUGCUUGCUGGAGAAUGUUGGGGAGGAUCUAGACCCUGCACUGGACCCUGUGCUCCUACGACAGACAUAUACCCAUGAAGGCAACGUAGUUCUAAAGCUCGGAGAUGCUGUCAUUCACUAUCAUGACGACUUCAAGAUGUACAUUACCACUAAGCUGCCCAACCCACAUUACUCACCCGAGAUCUCUACUAAAGUCACUCUCAUUAACUUCACCCUCUCUCCCAGUGGGCUAGAGGAUCAGCUACUAGGGUGUCUCGUGGCUGAAGAGAGACCCGAUUUGGAAGGGGCGAAGAACCAACUCAUUGUGAGUAACGCACAAAUGAAACAGGAAUUAAAGGAGAUUGAAGAUCAGAUCCUGUUCCGACUGAGCUCUUCAGAGGGAAACCCUGUCGAUGACGAGGAACUGAUAAGAGUGCUUGCGGCCUCCAAAGUCAAAGCCGAUGAAAUUCAGGCUAAAGUGACUGCAGCGGAGGCGACUGAGAGGGACAUUGACGCCACUCGUCUGGAAUAUGUCCCAGUGGCUGUCCGAGCCCAGAUACUCUUCUUCUGUGUGUCAGAUCUGUCAAACGUGGACCCCAUGUACCAAUACUCUCUGGAGUGGUUCCUGGGUAUUUUCUUGGGUGGCAUUGCCAACUCAAAGCGAGCAG